GGGUAGGAAGGUGGGAUGCACGCGGGGAGGCCUCGGGGUGCCAGGCUGUGGGCGAGGAGGCCGGCCAGACCCCAGGGUUCUCCGGCGUCUCUUGGUGCAGUGCUUUCUGCACCGCAGGCCUCGGUCGCCGCGGCUGCCUCGGUGUGCUCUUUGGCUGCAGGGAAGGGCAGGGGCUGGUGAAAAGGGGAUUGCUUGCAGGAAGCAGAGUGGGAGUGCGAAAGGGGAGAAAGGGGCCGGAGGGGAAGAUGCCGGAUAGGUGGAGGAAUGCCGGGGGUGGCUGUGGAGCAGUCUUGAGGAUUCUGGGGGUGUUCAUUGUGCAGAUAUGUUAGGUGUUUCAUUAUGGAAAGAACCGAAGCGUUUCCAAGGCAAGGGGAAGAAGGCUAGAGUUGUUUCUAGGGAUAGAAGGAAGAGCGUUUGAAGCCAGAGGAGUGCUAAAUAUUGGAGAAGAAGCUGGGAAUGCAUAAUAGAAUAGACAGAUGUAGCAUAAUUAUCAAAUGCUGGCCCAAGGUCUAAAGAGUUAUUCCAGAUGGGCCAGAGUGGCCUAGUUCGGAACCUGUUUGGGCUCUUCAGUAGAUGACAUCCGGAUAGAAGAGAAGAAUCAGUGGUUUGGAAAUUUAGCCAAGUGAUCUGGCGGGAUGGGCUUAUACCUGACACAUUUUAUAGAGGCAUUGGAUGGCACAAGUGACUGAGAGGAUCCCGAGAGUUUCUGGAGCCUGUGAAAGGUAGAAACUCAACCAUGAUUUCUUUCUCAACUCAACAGCAUUCCCUUCCUUGAAGUCUUCAUUUUUACUUCAGCCUCAGGCAGUUAUACUUAAGCAUGAACAUUGACGACAAACUGGAAGGAUUGUUUCUUAAAUGUGGCGGAAUAGACGAAAUGCAGUCUUCCAGGGCAAUGGUUGUAAUGGGUGGAGUGUCUGGCCAGCCCGCCGUGUCUGGAGAACUGCAGGAGUCAGUACUUCAAGAUCGAAGUUUGCCUCACCAGGAGAUCCUUGCUGCAGACGAAGUGUUACAAGAGAGUGAAAUGCGACAACAGGAUAUGAUAUCCCAUGAUGAACUCAUGGUCCACGAGGAGACAGUGAAAAAUGACGAAGAGCAGAUGGACACCCACGAGCGGCUUCCCCAAGGACUGCAGUAUGCACUUAAUGUCCCUAUAAGUGUAAAGCAGGAAAUUACUUUUACUGAUGUAUCUGAGCAACUGAUGAGAGACAAAAAACAAGUCAGAGAGCCAGUAGACUUACAGAAAAAGAAGAAGCGGAAACAACGCUCUCCUGCAAAAAUCCUUACAAUAAAUGAGGAUGGAUCACUUGGUUUGAAAACCCCUAAAUCUCACGUUUGUGAGCACUGCAAUGCUGCCUUUAGAACGAACUAUCACUUACAGAGACAUGUCUUCAUUCAUACAGGCGAAAAACCGUUUCAAUGUAGUCAAUGUGACAUGCGUUUCAUACAGAAGUACCUGCUUCAGAGACACGAGAAGAUCCAUACCGGUGAAAAACCAUUUCGCUGUGAUGAAUGUGGUAUGAGAUUCAUACAGAAAUAUCACAUGGAAAGGCACAAAAGAACUCACAGUGGAGAGAAGCCUUAUCAGUGUGAAUACUGCUUACAGUAUUUUUCCAGAACAGAUCGUGUAUUGAAACAUAAACGUAUGUGCCAUGAAAAUCACGACAAAAAACUAAACAGAUGUGCCAUCAAAGGUGGCCUUCUGACAUCAGAGGAAGAUUCUGGCUUUUCUACUUCACCAAAAGAUAAUUCACUGCCAAAAAAGAAAAGGCAAAAAACUGAGAAGAAAUCGUCUGGGAUGGACAAGGAGAGUGUGUUGGACAAAUCGGACCUGAAGAAAGACAAGAACGAUUACCUGCCUCUCUACUCGUCGAGCACUAAAGUAAAGGAUGAGUACAUGGUGGCAGAGUAUGCUGUUGAGAUGCCACACUCUUCAGUGGGAGGCUCCCACUUAGAAGAUGCAUCUGGAGAAAUACACCCACCCAAGUUGGUUCUCAAAAAAAUCAAUAGUAAGAGAAGUCUGAAACAGCCCCUGGAGCAAAGUCAAACCAUUUCACCCCUAUCCAGCUAUGAAGACAGCAAAGUUUCCAAGUAUGCCUUUGAGCUUGUGGAUAAGCAGGCAUUACUGGACUCAGAAGGCAGUGCUGACAUCGAUCAAGUGGAUAACUUGCAGGAAGGCCCCAGCAAACCUGUGCACAGCAGUACUAAUUACGACGACGCCAUGCAGUUUCUGAAGAAGAAGCGGUAUCUUCAAGCUGCAAGUAACAACAGCAGGGAGUACGCACUAAAUGUGGGCACCAUAGCUUCUCAGCCUUCUGUGACACAAGCCGCCGUAGCCAGCGUCAUUGAUGAGAGCACCACAGCAUCCAUACUGGAUUCCCAGGCACUGAAUGUGGAGAUUAAAAGCAAUCAUGACAAAAAUGUUAUUCCAGAUGAGGUCCUGCAGACUCUGCUGGAUCAUUAUUCCCACAAACCUAAUGGACAGCAUGAGAUCUCCUUCAGCGUUGCAGAUACUGAAGUGACUUCUAGCAUAUCAAUCAAUUCUUCCGAUGUACCUGAAGUCACCCAGUCAGAGAAUGUUGGAUCAAGCUCCCAAGCAUCCUCAUCAGAUAAAGCUAACAUGUUGCAGGAAUACUCCAAGUUUCUGCAGCAGGCUUUGGACAGAACUAGCCAAAACGAUGCCUAUUUGAAUAGCCCGAGCCUUAACUUUGUGACUGACAACCAGACCCUUCCAAAUCCGCCAGCGUUCUCUUCCAUAGACAAGCAAGUCUAUGCAGCCAUGCCCAUCAACAGCUUUCGAUCAGGAAUGAAUUCUCCACUAAGAACAACUCCAGAUAAGUCCCACUUUGGACUAAUAGUCGGUGACUCACAGCACCCAUUUCCCUUUUCAGGUGACGAGACAAACCACGCCUCUGCCACGUCAACAGCAGACUUUUUGGAUCAAGUCACUUCUCAGAAGAAAGCUGAGGCACAGCCUGUCCACCAGGCUUACCAAAUGAGCUCCUUUGAGCAGCCCUUCCGUGCUCCAUAUCAUGGAUCCAGAGCUGGAAUAGCAACUCAGUUUAGCACUGCCAAUGGACAGGUGAACCUUCGGGGACCAGGGACAAGUGCUGAAUUUUCAGAAUUUCCCUUGGUGAAUGUAAAUGAUAAUAGAGCUGGGAUGACAUCUUCACCAGAUGCCACAACUGGCCAGACUUUUGGCUAAAAAAAAAAUGUGUACAUAAUACUGGCACUUUAGAACAGAUUAAUCAAGCGUGGGGUUACUCUGUAAAAUGGAGUGCUGUACAGUUCUAAGAGCAGUGCGUUCAUAGCAAGCUGAUAAGAAUAGCAAGAUAAUCCAAUAACUGCAUUUUGUUUGGUUAGUCAGCAUUCCUUGAACUGCCUUACGUGUCGUCACCGUUAGAGAAGCAAUGCAUUACCUGUUUUAGAUCAGAACCUUGCUAUUCACCCACACCAAGAUAAAAGAAAAAAAAAGACUUUCGCACAAUUGUUUCCUAACUGAUAACAUUGUACAUUCUUAGGAGCAUAGUAAUUGUGUGAAACUCCCUCAUACUGUUUCUGAGUUUUUCAGCAUAGUAUUGCACUUCAGCAGGGAAUCCGAGGAUACGUCACAGACAGUGAACUUAAAGUUUCAAUGUCAAGAGAUUAUGGCUUAAAUACGUAGUUUGUCCUAUAGGGGGGAAUAAAAAGAAACCACCUUUAAAAAUGAUAUGCCAUAUACCCUUGGUUUUCAUUUUGCAUUAUAAUGACAUGUUUUUUGUUUUUUUUUUUUUAAGAAAAAGUAAUAAAAAUCUGAUAGUCUAAGACUCCACUAUUUAAAAGCCUAAUUACUUUUAAAGUAUGCAUACUUUCAAAACUUACCAAAACACACAACUGCUGAAGCAUUCACUUCUCUAUGGAAGUAUGCAUACUGGUGUCAGCUUCUUUGUACAGGUAAACUUAGACAUUUUUUAUGAUUUUUCAUGUGCAAGUAUCAAGGUUGGAAGUUUUAGUAAAAAAAUAAAUAUUCUGUAGAUUACAUUCCCAAGAAAAUAAUGCUUACACAAAAUGUAUAUUCCACGUUUUAAAGCUGAAAUGUAUUUUAUUUUACACACUUCAGUUGACAUAGAGCACUUAGAAUUAAUCUGGUAUUUUUUGAUUUCUCAAAGUUAAAAUCAUAGAUUUUUUAGGUUUGAUAUGGUUGUGUCAUAAUCAUCUCGUAAUUGACAAUUUUGCUUUUUGGCAAUAAAAGAAAGUUGGGAUAUCUUUGAACUGUAAAACCUGGUUUAAUUCUUCUCUUCCUGGACUCUUGAUAGAUUGGAUAAUUAAACAGUAUCCCAAGAAACUAAAGAAAUGGGCAUUUUAAUUGCUUACUUAAGUUACAUUUAAAUGAAUACUGCUCACGACAGUUUUACAAAGCGGAAGUGCUUACCGAUUCCAGUAACUGCAGUUUCUUUUUCAGCUAGAUGAGUGAUGGGAAAGUUUUUGUUGCAUUUCAAAAUCUAAAUAAACUACAGACUUUAUCCUUAUACCACGAAUGUUUUUUUUAUAUAUGUAUACUUUGUCUUAAAAUAAUACAGCAUGAUACAAUAAAUAGUGCUUUUAUAUAUAUAUAUAUAUAUACACUUUUAUGAAUAAUGAUGGUUUGAGUUACACAUUGAACAGUUUUAAUUUUUGGAGACUAACAUUCGUUACAUCAGCUCUACAUCUCUUUUAUUUGUUCCACAUUUUUGGGUUUUGUACUUUCCAUUUCCGCCAUCUUUAUCACAAUGCACCAGUGAUGAUCUGAAACCAGUACCCUUGGGAGAUGACGCUUUGUUAACUUCCAUUUUGACUUUGCUGUUGACCCUGUAGAUCUGCGUGCUUUGUUUCAGUGUUGAGUAUUUUAUCCAUUUAAAUUAUUUUUCUUUUAUUUAAUGUUAUCCCAAGACUGUUCUCAUAAAGAAGGGAACAAAGAAAUAUCCUCCCCCAGUGUCCUUCACUUACACUCAUUUAUUUUUUUAAAUGUUGGUAUUUUUAUGACAAGGAAUAUAAGUUAUGUUUAUGUGGUUUCCUCUACACUUUGUUAUGAAACUUUGCUUGAAAUCAUAGUUUCCCAUUUGACAGCUUUGCUGUCAGAUCUUCAAGAACUUUAGACUUCUUUGAAGUGAAUAUUUUAAGUUCUGCCAUUAUUGAUCUGAAGACUGAUGUGUGUCUGUGGCGCAUCACAUAACCACAGGAACGCUUCAUCAGAUGAGGUGUGAUGGGACCGUGUGCACCCUAGAUGGGUGCUUGUAUAUUUCUCAUAGUACUUUUGACAAGAGCAGACAUUUAUCUCCUAAGUUGAACCUGAUUAAAAACAUAGUGUGGUUCCACUGAGCACUUGAUGCAUUUCUUGUACAGUGUAAGGGUCUGUUUUUAACAUCACCAGCACAGUUUUAAGAAUGUGACGGUUGCUGAGAGGUUCAGGUCAGCUUAGGAAGAAAAAGCCUUUGAAAAUGGAAGUUCUGUAAACAGAAUUUCAGGUGUUGCAUUCCUGUCUUAAACACAUUUCUUUAAAUCCACACAACGGCAGACUUUUCUACCAUGUUAUAAGCAUUUGAGAUAACUGAUAGCCAGCAUAACUUACUGACUUACCAGUUAAGUACAGUCAUCACUUACUGUGAAAUUCCAGAUGCCUGUCAGGCUCAGCUUGUAUCUUCAUCCUAGGAGAAGCAUCUCAACAGGCUGGGCUUCCCUGUGUUGGUUUAGAAAGCUUUUCUGCCUGGGCAUUAGAGAAGGAAAGUGGCCCUGUGUGCUGCUCUGGACAGAUCCCUGGAUGAUAUGAGAUACCCUGUCAGUUCACACUUCUCAUUUCUUCUCCAAGUAUAGCUCUAGCACCCUUCAGCUUCUGCUCGCCGUUAGCCUGUCAGUCUGGGCCCACUAGACAAGGCAGGAGCUCUCCAACAUCCGAAAGCAUUGUUGCUGUUUGAGCUUCAGCUCUUACUGCACAUGUAUCUCAUUGGCUUUGGAAUAGCUGAGUGGCUCCUGUGGUUUUUAUUUUUGUGGAUCUACAGUGUGCAUGUGCUACCUAGUCAGGUAGGAGUCCAUCAUCUUAGCUGACUCAGGGUACAGCAGUGGGUCAUUUUUAUCUCUUAGGAGGUAGAAGAGGCCUUGUGCUCAGGGCAAGCCUUCAUUCCCACAGGUGAGGGGCACUUGCAAAGUGCCACCGGGGCUAGAUAUUUUGCCACUUCUUUGAUUUUUAUUAAUUUGGGCUUUUAAAGGGCUGUUUAAAAAAAUAAAAAUAAAAAAGAGGCCGGGAACCUCUGAGUAGGUGUGCUGCGUACAGAGCUCCCUAGAACCUAAGCUAGAGGUCAUCUUUUUACAGUGUACUUACUUGAAGAAGCUCUAUUAUAAUCAAUGAGAAUCUAUUUGAGUCUGCAAUUUAAGUUAAAAACUUUUCCGUUUCAAAUUGCUUUAUUUCAGGGAAAUAAUUUUCCAGUUGUUUUUGCUAUAUUCUGCAAAUAAAAAGCGUGUUUCCUUUUCCCACCUAAACUUUGGUAGGAAACAGACUAAAGCAGACAAACAUUUCUUGUUGUGUUUGUUGCUUUCUUUAAUCCAAUGGAUAAAAAAAAGUAAAACCCUGUAAACAUUAUUUUAUUUUUUUAUGCAAUACCAUGCUGUAAAUAGGGUUCAUCGAGUAAGGAUGCACCUACCUAUGAUUGAACCUUUGAUUCUGCACAGUUAGAGUUUAUAUAUAAACGUGUCUUGACAAUCAAGGACUUGAUGUGAGUCUUCCUUUAUGAUGUUUAUUAAUGUUAUGCAUUCCAUUUGUUUGAAGUGAGUACCAAUGUGCUAAUUUGUAUUGUCUGAAAGUAUGUAAUGUUUUUACAGCUUGUUUUUAAGACUCUGUAAAUAUGUACAAACCAGUCACAGUACCGCUUUAUGUUAGAAGGCGUGUGAUGUUGUACUGUAUGUAAGCAAUAAUACAUAGCAGUGCUAACUUUACAAGUAGCAUCAGGAACGUUCUAGAGAAACAUUUCAGAGUUAUUAGUUAUCCUUAUUUCACUUAAUAAUGAUUACCUUUAAUCAGUUUUUAUAAGCAAAUUCCAUUGUUCCUCCUGUUGGAACGUAACACUGUUUACACAGCAUAAUUGACGUUGCAGGGGGGACAGGCUAGAUCUGGCUUCGUCUGUGCUCACUCUCACUAAGCAUUGAAUGGCCUUACCACUCUUGUGCAAAGAUGGAGGAAGACCGCUGAACUUAGUGCCCAUCACACUGAAGGAAGGGAUGUGUUGUUUGUUUUCCCGUUUCUGUACUGCUACCUAACUCUGGUUUGCUUUGGGUUUUAAUAUGUGUUUCUGUUCUAGAUUCAAGCCCGUAAGUGUUGAGGUAACUUCAGUUCAGUUGUGAAGUAGAUAGAUUUCUUCAUAUUUCAUAGCUACAUUUCAAUGAUUCUAAACUUUCUACUUUGAUUUUUAGAUACUUAUUUUUCAAGCUUGAUUUCUCAGCUGACCAGAUGAAUUUACUCAACUUCAAUACAAAGAAAGACAAACUUAUAGCUUGAAGUGAGUAGAUAUUAUACUGUACAGAGCAGCUCUCUGAACACCCAUCACUGCUUUAGAAACAAAGCCGCCACUUUAUAAAUGAUUAUGACCUACAUUUUAUAGGGAAAAUGUUUUUAAUGCUAGUCAUUUAUAUAAUGUGCUUUGAAGGGUUUGCUAGGCCACUUCUGUCACUUUUUAGCACACUGGUACCUUUUCUAUGUAAUGUAUGCUUUUUAUUAUUGUAGCAAAGCAUUUCGGUAGAAAGAAUUUUGCAACAAUACGGGGGAAAUUUUUCAUUGUCGGGUUUGAAUUAUACUGGAUUUUAUCUGUCUAGUCUUACUUGUCUUUAUUUUAAUGCUGUCUGGAAGGGACCUUGGUACCCAAAUAAAGCAGGUGAACCUCAUUGCUCCAAGGGCGUACUGUGUAGUGCCGAGUUUCACCUGGGAAUCUGAUGACUUUGAAAAGAAAAACACAUUUACAAAAAUUGUACAGAAGAAAUUAAAUGUGUGAUGGAAAUCCUGAUGGUGGAGCACGUUGGAUUUUCUGAGACAUAGUGUUAUUUUCCUGGAAUCCCUUAUGCCUUCUUUGUAUUCCAGCCAAUAAAGAAAACCUUGUUGUUGAAAGUGGUAGGCUGCUAGGAUAUUCUGAUUAUACAGUAUUGCUUUUCCUGUCCUGGUCUCGGCCCCUCUCAAUCACUGUAAACUUUUUAUUUUCUACUUCUUAAUGCUAAUUAAAUAUGUAUAUAAUGUAGAGGCUGUUGUAUAGAACUGAAUGAAUUGGGAUGCUAUGCUUGAAUGGGUAGCUACAUGGAAAUAUUGGGUGGAUACUGAGAGUUCCUAAGAUGCCAGAGUAAAUUUACGUGGGAAAGGAUCCCCUUUUCUUGGGAAGGCCACAGCAGAUGGUUCCUGCACCCCUAGGGGGUCAGUGGGAGAAUCAGCUGCAAACUCAGUAUCAGACAGUGGAGCCUCCCUUCCCUUCCCUUAAAAUAUGAGCACUAAAUUUCAAAAGUCUACUCAGGUGAAAUUGCUUUGCAGUGAAACUUAACCACAUUGAAAUUUUCACUGUUAAAUACUAUAUUUGUGAUAUUUUUAAAUACAAACUUUUACACUGCAGUCAGCAGCCUAAUGAUUGAAAUUUAGCCAAGAUAUUUUAAAAAUAAUAGUUAUCCUCCAUGUAUAAUUGUUUUUAAACAAUUGGGAGGAUUUUUCUGUUAAAAGAUUUUUUUUUUUAUCAUUGUUUAAAAAAAGAAACAAACCAUUUUGCUUGAGCCCCCAUUUUAUACCGUAAGUGAGUCACUGAGCCAUUCAAGUGCAGUGGCGGCUUGUUGCAUCCCUGGCCACGGGACAUGAACUGACAUUACAAGGUUUAAUGAGUUCAUAGCUUUCGGCACAGUCGUCACAGUUCACCUCGCCUCUUGGAGUUUAUAAUACUGUUUUGUGUAUUGUGAUACAAAAAGGAAGUUGUUUUACAUUAUUUUAAAUUGAAUUAUUAGAUUAACUUAUAUUUGCAAAUUCUGCAUUUUAAAUGUGGACACUUGGCUGUUUGAAAAUAAAAUACAGAAUACAAGUUUUAUGAAUAAUUUUCUAGCUGAAUUUUUCACAGUACUUCGAACCAAAUAACUGCUGGUAAAUAUGCAAAAAAUGUGGUACAUAGAGGAAGGGAUGUCCAUGUGGAAUUACUAGUUCCAGAGAUUGAGUAAAUAUCAGGGCCUUUACUGUAGAUUGUGGUGAUAAUGUUACUAGUUCUAAGAUCCAGUCAGCUGUUAGCCGUCAUUAACUAUUUCAGACUUGAACCAUGUUGAAGCAUAGGGCUAAGAAUAUAUACGGCUUUUCCUUUACAGAUAAGAGUCCUUUCACCUUUCUUUCAUCAGUAGCAUACAUAGUUGGUUGGGUUCCCCCCCCCCCUCCAUUAGUGUAGAUAGACCUGUUUUCAGCCACCUUGCCAGGACUUUGUCUUCUGACAGUGGGAUGCAUUGUAAAAAAGCAGUUUGCAGUUAAGAGUGCUGCCUCCAUUCUUGGGACAAAUGUCAAUUAGUUAGCCCUUGCAAAAGUCAGUGCUCAGACCCCGGCUCUUUGGCACGGUGCUGUAACCAACUGUACGUAAUGGUACCACUGAUGGUCUACUAUUCAUUUCCUAGAUCCCGGUUCUUGAGUGAUUUGGCUUGGUGGGGAGAGGGAUGGGGAGAUAUUCUACCUGACACUUCUCCCACCUUCUGAAGAUUCUAUGAAAAAAUAAAAUUGAAGUCACUUGAA